CACCAGCCAACUCACUCAACAUUGCCGCUGCCGCUUCUUCUGAACACCUACGAACUUUGGCUGGAUACGUGCGUGGAGAAGAAUCACAUACAACAAACCGCCAUCCGCAAUCCCGGUCCAUUCAUGCGAGAAAUCUAGGUGUUCCUCGUUCCUCGCAGCGUCGGUCAAGAUGGCAUCCUCCUCCUCCCCCAAUAUGCUUACGAAGUUCGAGUCGAAGUCCUCAAGGGCAAAGGGGAUUGCUUUUCAUCCUAAGAGACCCUGGAUUCUCGUAUCUCUUCACUCUUCGACCAUUCAACUAUGGGACUACCGUAUGGGAACGUUAAUCGACCGCUUUGAAGAGCACGAUGGGCCUGUUCGUGGAGUCGACUUCCACAAGACACAACCCCUCUUCGUUUCUGGUGGAGAUGAUUACAAGAUCAAGGUCUGGUCAUAUCAGACUCGCAGAUGUCUGUUCACAUUAAAUGGGCAUUUGGAUUAUGUUCGCACAGUGUUCUUUCAUCAUGAGCUUCCAUGGAUCAUUUCCAGCUCCGAUGACCAGACCAUUAGAAUCUGGAAUUGGCAGAACAGAUCAUUGAUCUGUACGAUGACCGGACAUAAUCACUACACCAUGUGUGCUCAAUUUCAUCCCAAGGACGACCUGGUAGUUUCGGCUUCGUUGGAUCAAUCUGUCCGUGUUUGGGAUAUUUCUGGCUUGCGGAAAAAGCACUCAGCUCCUACAUCGAUGACAUUUGAGGACCAGAUGUCGAGAAACAACCAGAACCAGGCGGACAUGUUUGGAAAUACGGACGCUGUGGUCAAGUUCGUUUUGGAAGGACACGACAGAGGUGUAAAUUGGGUCGCUUUCCAUCCUACACUUCCCCUUAUUGUGUCUGCGGGCGACGACCGCCUGGUCAAACUUUGGAGAAUGAGUGAAACGAAGGCUUGGGAGGUCGAUACUUGCAGGGGACAUUUCCAGAACGCUUCUGGAUGUUUGUUCCACCCUCACCAGGAUCUGAUCUUGUCAGUGGGCGAGGACAAGACCAUUCGAGUCUGGGACCUGAACAAGCGCACAUCAGUCCAGUCCUUCAAGAGGGAAAAUGACCGAUUCUGGGUCAUUGCUGCUCAUCCAGAGAUCAACCUUUUCGCUGCCGGACACGAUAAUGGAGUUAUGGUCUUCAAGCUUGAGAGAGAGCGCCCAGCUUCAGCUUUCUACCAAAACAACUUAUUUUUUAUCACCAAAGAUAAGCAAGUUCGAUCGUACGACUUCCAGAAAAACCUUGAGAGCCCGACGCUGUUGACCUUGAAGAAGCUUGGCAGCCCAUGGGUACCACCCCGGUCCCUGUCCUUCAAUCCAGCGGAGCGGGCCAUCCUGGUAACCACCCCAGCAGAUGGCGGCUCUUACGAACUCAUAAAUUUGCCGCGAGAUGGCUCUGGUGAUGCUACAGAUACCAAGCGAGGGCAAGGAAACUCAGCUGUCUUUGUUGCGCGUAACAGGUUUGCUGUUUUCACAGCCGCCAAUCAGCAGAUUGAUAUCAAAGAUCUAUCGAACUCGACCACCAAAACCAUCAAGCCCCCAACUGGGACCACUGAUAUCUACUUUGGAGGAACCGGCAACCUUCUCCUAAUCACUCCUACCGCCGUUCACCUCUAUGAUAUUCAACAGAAGAAAGCUACAGCAGAGUUGGCCGUCAGUGGUGUCAAGUACGUUGUUUGGUCCAAUGAUGGAUUAUAUGCUGCCCUCCUCAGCAAGCACAAUGUCACGAUUGUCACCAAGACUCUAGAGCAAGUCAGCACACUCCACGAGACCAUCAGAAUCAAGAGUGCGACCUGGGACGAUGCCGGUGUCCUACUGUACUCGACUCUCAACCACAUCAAGUACACUUUACUGAAUGGCGAUAAUGGCAUCGUUCGGACCCUUGAUCAAACCGUCUAUCUUGUUCGAGUCAAGGCCCGGACUGUCUACUGUCUUGAUCGCGCUGCAAAGCCCAAGAUCUUGAAUAUUGAUCCUACGGAAUAUCGAUUCAAGCUUGCCCUUGUCAAGCGUAAUUAUCAAGAGAUGUUGGAGAUCAUCAAGAACUCAAGUUUGGUCGGCCAAAGCAUCAUUUCUUAUUUGCAAAAGAAAGGUUACCCAGAGAUUGCUUUGCAAUUCGUGCAAGAUCCGCAAACAAGAUUCGAGCUUGCCAUCGAAUGUGGCAAUUUGGACGUAGCUGUCGAAAUGGCCAAACAACUGGAUAGACCCAAGCUUUGGUCAAGAUUGACGACGGAAGCUCUGGCGCAUGGUAAUCAUGAGAUUGUUGAGAUGUCUUACCAGAAGCUGAGACAGUUUGACAAACUCUCGUUCCUCUAUCUCUCUACUGGAGAUGAAGCAAAGCUCACGCGAAUGGCGAAGAUUGCAGAACAUCGUGGUGAUUUUACAGCUCGUUUCCAGAAUGCGUUGUAUCUUGGGGAUGUCACCGACCGGAUAGCAAUGUUCAAGGAAAUCGAUCUGUACCCUCUCGCAUAUAUGACUGCCAAAGCCCACGGCCUCGAAGACGAGUGCGAGUCUAUCUUGGAAGCUACCGGUCUCACUGAAGAUCAAAUCACAUUACCCGCCAUUGGCUCGCCACUCUCACCCCCAAAACCAAUUGUGCCCACGUUCAGAGCCAACUGGCCCACCAAAGCAACAUCACAGUCAACUUUCGAGAAAGCCCUUCUUGGACAAGAGACUUUUGAAGAUGGUCCUGCAGCUGUGUCGAACGGCUUCGGAGAUGAUGCAGGUGAGGAGGAUGGCGCUACCCGCAAUGGUACGCUGGUUGAGGUCGACGACGAUGAAGACGCCGGUGGUUGGGACAUGGGUGAUGACGUUGUCCCUGAAGUAGAGAGUGACUUUGUCAACGUUGAAAGUGCCGAGGCAGGUGGUGCUGGAAGCAGCGAAGCUGAGCUUUGGGCUCGAAACUCACCAAUCGCUGCUGAUCAUGUUGCUGCUGGCUCUUUUGAGACUGCUAUGCAAUUACUGAAUCGACAGCUCGGUGCAGUCAACUUCGCGCCACUAAAGCCACGAUUCCUUGAAGUGUACUCGGCAACAAAGACAUACCUCCCCGCCUCCAGUGGUCUGCCACCUUUGAUCAACUACGUUCGCCGUACCGUAGAUGAGACGGAUCCCCGACAGGUGCUCCCAAUCAUUCCUCGAGACCUCGAAUCAUUAGCGAGUGUUGAUUUGCAAGAUGGCUACAAAGCCAUGCGCAGCAACAAGCUCCAAGACGGUGCCACAAUUUUCCAAGGCAUCUUGCAUGCUCUUCUUGUCAACGCUGUCUCUACCGCUUCGGAAGUUGAAGAGGCUAAAAAGCUUAUCACAACCGCGUGCGAAUACACAAUUGCCAUGGGUAUUGAGUUGACGCGGCGGAGUCUUGGAUCUGAUGACCAGGUUGCUAAGUCACCUGAGAAGCUCAAGCGCAGUCUCGAGUUGGCUGCUUACUUCACCAUUCCAAAGCUUGAAGUCCCACACCGACAGAUUGCCUUGACGAGUGCGAUGAAGCAGGCAUUCACGAACAAGAACUACAACUCGGCUUUGAGCUUUGCAAACAGGAUGUUGGCUAAUGGUGGAGCAGCCAAGAUGCUGGAUCAGGCCAAGAAGAUCAAAGCAAACUGUGAGCGGAAUCCCAACGAUGCAGUUGAGAUCGAGUUCGACCAGUUCGCCGAGUUCGAUAUCUGUGCUGCUUCUUACACACCCAUCUACGGCGGUUCUGCUUACGAGGUCUGUGCAUUCGAUGGAAGUAAGUAUCAGUCCAAAUACAAGGGUACUGUGUGUGCAGUAUGUGGUGUCUGCGAGGUUGGAAAGAACGGGAGUGGAUUGAAGCUUGUGGCGUAAGGAGAUCUGUCUGUCUGUUCUUUUGGAAGCUAGGGGCGAAACCAAAAUGAUGAAAUGGAAGACGUGACCAAAUGGAGUUCGGAAAAAGUAGAUCGUAGUCAUUUACUAGACUACCUCAAUACUUGUUUGCAUGUAAUUGGAAGUUGUCGUUUCUAUUCAAGUCCCAGUCAGGUACUCCAUGUGAGUGAGUGGUAGAGAAACAGCGAAUCGUAUCUUAUCAUAUCAGCAGUCCAUUUUUGGUCAUCUCUGCCUGUCUGAAGUGUUACGCCUGAGCGCCAAUCUAGAAUACAAGCUUAGUUCAUGCCCCUUCAUGCCAUGCUGUCCUGAUCUAACAAUGUCCUAGCCUUCCACAAGGCAAGCGGAGAAAUAGUAGCAUUGCAAUGCCAAAAAGAUGCCCACCACGGAGGCCAAGCGCCAGUACAGCUCUCUCAUACGAUAGUCUCCAAUUCCCUUGCAUAGCCCAGAGUGUUCUCGAUAGCCAGCUGGCUCAACUCCUUCUCAUUGCCCUGCUCAUCGACGCCGCUCUUGAGAUUCUGGUUGGGGAAGAAGAUUCGACCGUCGCGGAUAAGCCAGCCUCGUGCCUGUGCGAACUCGAUGACGGCACCUUCGCUGUCGAGGAAGAGGAGGUUCUUGGUGGAGGAUAUGGGGAGGGAUGGGUAGGCUGUUUCGCUGCAGGUGGCAAUUUCGGUGCGGAUGUGGGUUGUGAGGAUCUGUGUAAUAAUAGAUGGUUAGUCUGCGCAAUGUGCUUAAGAAUUGGUGGAUAAAUUUCAUGAAGCCAUCUGAAGACAUGCAUAUGAACCAGCGGGGAGAAUACACACCUCGCUGAAAACACCAUACUCCUCACUAGGAACCUCUCUGCUCGCCAUAGCCUUCCAAACCAAAUCAAAGCUUCCUUCCUGCAGCCACCUCUCCAACUUAAUUGGAUAUCCCAAGAACUUAUCUUUCUCAACAUUAUUCCCACCAGGUAACCCGCCUCUCAAUUCCAAACCCUCAAGCUCCGUAUGGAAACCCGCAUAAUCACCUUGCGUAAGCAAAAGUAACAGAUACAGUCCGGUGAUCUUGUUCUUCUCAGCACUGGGCGCCAGUCGCUCAGCAGGUAAUUCGUAGAAUGGUGUGAGCUGGUGCACGUAGCGUGUGAAAGCUGCUGGGUCUUUUGCGCGAAUGGACAGAAGGGCGCCGGUCUCGAAGACGUCUCGCGCAAGACUGAGUGUGCUAGAUGGGGUGUUUGGGAGAGGCGUUAGGGAUUUGAGCUUGAGGAGGGCGAGUUUCGCGGAGGAGAGGAGGGGAAGCUGUUCGUUGUACGAGCGGCUGCUUUUCAGCUUGCGCUGAAUAUCUUGGAGUUCGCGUUCGGCCAUGGUGGAAUGUGAGAGUUUAUGUGGUGGAUGAAGACGUCGUUGGUGUUG